AUGGUGAAAGCGGUAGCAGUAAUCACCAUCAGCGACACAUGUUUCAAAGACAACUCUAAAGACACAUCGGGGCCAGCAUUGGCAGACUAUGUCAGGGAAUUAUUCCCUGAGGCGAAUCUCCAUACAAUCAUCAUUCCUGAUGAAAAGGAAAUCAUAGAAAGGGAGCUCAAAUACUUUUGUGACACGAAUCUAGAUCUGGUGUUGACUACAGGAGGUACAGGGUUGACCCCUAGAGAUGUGACCCCUGAGGCAACAAAAGCUAUCAUACAGAGAGAAGUGCCAGGAAUCACUACAGCAAUAACUCUAGCAAGUUUGAAGAAGACACCCAUGGCCCAACUAUCUAGAGCCGUUGCUGGGGUCAGAGAGAAAACCCUAAUCAUUAAUUUCCCUGGCAGUAAGAAGGCAGUAACUGAAUGCUUUGAGGUAGUGAAGCCUAUCCUACCUCACGCCAUUUCCUUGAUACACAAUGAAGUAGUUGAAGUCAGCUAUAUUCACAACUCUAUGCAGUUCAAUCACACUUGUAAGCACAGCAGUAAUGUAGAUAUAUCUAAGGUGGCUCUAAGACCCAGGGAGUCUCCAUUCCCCAUGGUGGAAAUGUCAGAAGCCUGGAAGAUGGUUGAUGAUGUGAUGUCUGAGUGGACGGAGAGGCUCGAGAUAGUGACUAUUGAAGAGGGACUUGGCAGAGUUGUGGCACAAACUCUUCAUGCUAAGGAACCCAUGCCACCAUUCCCUGCAUCGGUUAAAGAUGGAUACGCGUGUCUAAGUAUAGACGGCGCUGGAGUGCGUCGCGUACGCACCGCGGUUACUGCGGGGGAUGCACCGACUGCGCCGCUGUGCGCAGGCGAGUGUGCGCGAGUCAACACUGGCGCCGCAUUACCUGCGGGAGCUGACUGUGUUGUGCAGGUGGAGGAUACUAAACUAGUUUCAGCAUCUGAAGACGGGCAAACAGAGCUGGAGGUAGAGAUCCUGAAGGCGCCUGAGCCACAGCAAGAUGUGAGGAAUGUUGGCUUCGACAUCCCCAUGGGAACAGUACUCGUUGAUAAAGGCCAAAUACUAGAUUCAGCUAAAAUCGGAAUACUGGCCGGCGCUGGCUAUCAAAAUGUUACCGUGCGGGUACCUCCCAAGGUGGCGUUACUAUCGACUGGUAAUGAGCUGCAAGAGCCAUCGGAAGUGAAACUCAAACCGGCGCACAUUCGAGACUCUAAUAGGACCAUGCUCAGAAUGUUACUCAAAGAGCACGGCUACGACAGCAUAGACUGCGGCAUCGCGCGCGACUCUCCGCCGGAGAUAGUGGCCGGCAUCGCUGCGGCACUCAAACUGGCUGACGUGCUCGUCUGCACCGGCGGCGUCUCCAUGGGGGAGAAGGAUCUGCUCAAACCUGUGCUACUCAAGGACUUUAACGCCACCUUGCACUUUGGGCGCGUGCGCAUGAAACCAGGCAAGCCGUGCACCUUCGCCACCUGCGAGUUCGAGGGCAAGAAGAAGUACAUCUUUGCUUUACCUGGUAACCCAGUGUCGGCGUACGUGUGCGCGCUAGUGUUCGUGGUGCGCGCGCUGCGACGCGGCGAGUGCGCGCGCGCCGCCUGGCCGCGCCUGCGCGUGCGCCUGGCGCACGGCGCGCAGCUCGACGCGCGCCCCGAGUACGCGCGCGCCGCGCUCGAACUACACGCCGACAGGGACAUGCCUUACGCGACUAUGCUUGGCAGCCAGUGCAGCAGUCGGUUACUGAGUGCGUGCGGUGCUAACAUACUGCUGGAGCUACCGGCCGCCACGCCCUCCCUGCAGCGACUGCCCGCCGGAGCCAUCGUACCCGCACUCGUCACAGGCAGGCUCGACAUCUACUCCUAG